UCGUGUGUGCAUGUAACCAAGUGCGAGAGAGAUAGCGUAAUACAAAAAAAAACAGGCGAACGGAACGAACAACCGGAGCAGGCGCAACGCCACCUUCCACGCACACCGUGACACGCCUGUCUACGCGGCGGCGGCAGUAGCAGCUCUGCUCGAACGGGGCAACAAGGAAAAAGCCGAUCCGAAUCCGAACACGAAAUACAUACAUAAUCUUUUUUGUAUCGCGGCACCUUCCUAUCCUCUCUCUUUCCUUUGACUGUGCCGUGUGCCUGUGUAAUAAUUGCUUAGCUACUGGCUUGAGAGUCGACGAGUAGGAUAUACACGACUAUCGCCAUGGAGGACGACUUGCCCACCGAGUACGAUGUCAUCGUCGUCGGCACAGGAAUGACAGAGUCCAUUGUUGCUGCUGCAGCAAGUAGAAUUGGCAAGAGAGUUUUGCAUUUGGAUAGCAAUGAAUACUAUGGAGGUUUAUGGGCAACAUUUAAUUUUGAUGGUUUACAAAAAUGGAUGGAAGAUUUGAAAACAAGUAAAAGUGAUACAAGAGAAUUUAAACCUGACUUAGGGUCUGAUGAAAAAUUUUUGAAAGCUAGUAAUCAAUAUUCUACUGUGGAAAAUAUUUUUGAAGAAUGGUUUAUUUCUCAUGAUGCUGAUUUACCUGAAGUCUCAUCUAAAGAUACCCAAACUGAAAAUUCAGGCAAUGCCAAUUUUGAAGGUGCUGAAAAAUCUGAUGAACACAAAAGUGUUCAAAAGGAAACUAAACAUUGGAGUGUGGAUCGUAUAAAGAAGGAGUAUAGAAGAUUUAACAUUGAUUUAGCACCAAAACUGCUAUAUGCACGAGGUGAAUUGGUAGAACUCUUGAUUUCAAGUAAUAUUGCUCGUUACGCAGAGUUUAGAGCAGUUUCUAGAGUAGCUACUUAUAUGGAUGAUAAACUUGUACAAGUUCCGUGCUCACGAGCAGAUGUUUUUGCAAAUAAAACUGUUAGCGUUAUCGAAAAGAGAAUGCUAAUGCAGUUACUUACAUCUUGUAUGGACCAAGGAGCUGAUAGUCCUGAAUUUGAUGGGUUCCGUGAUAAGACAUUCCUUGAAUAUUUAAAUACCAAGAAUCUAACACCAAUUGUCAAACAUUAUGUAAUACAAGCUAUAGCAAUGGUUACAGAUAAAACAUCUUGUAGAGAGGGAGUAAAUCGUACAAAACAUUUUCUUAAUAGCCUUGGCCGUUAUGGUAAUACCCCUUUCUUAUGGCCUAUGUAUGGCAGCGGCGAAUUACCGCAGUGUUUUUGCAGAUUAUGUGCUGUUUUUGGUGGAGUAUAUUGCCUGAAACGUCAUUUGGAUGGCGUUGUAGUCCGUGAGGAUAAAUGCAAAGCUAUUCUAAGCGGAAAACAAAGACUAACUUUGGAACAUCUUGUUGUUGGACAAGGACAUUUGCCUCCUGAAAUUGUUGCUUCAACAGGAGAGAAUCGCAUUUCUCGUGGUGUCUUUAUUAUAGACAGAUCAAUUAUGCAAGGAGAAAAAGAAAACCUAACACUUUUGUACUAUCCACCCGAAAAACCUGGCCAAGAAGCAGUAACUAUAAUUGAAUUAGGACCUUUAACGAACGCUUGUCCGCAAGGACUUUUUAUUGUUCAUAUGACCUGCAAACGUACGAAAAAUGCUAAAGAAGAUUUAGCUUACGCCGUUCAAAGGUUUUUACAUGCAAAACCACUUGAACGUAUUGUUUCUCGCACUCCGACUGAUUCACAUACGCAAACUGUUGCUAAUGAUCAAUCUCAAGAAGGUGAUAAAGGAGCUAGAGAUGAAACUGCUGUUAAUCCAAUGCCUCAAGUAUUAUGGUCGUUGUAUCUCAACUUACCAGCAAGUGAUAUUAAACUUAACAAAUCAGCGCCAAGUAACAUUCAUCUUUGUUCCGGCCCUGAUUUAGAUUUAGAUUUUGAUUUUGCUGUCAAUCAGGCUAAAGAAAUUUUCAAAGCUAUGUAUCCAAGUGAAGACUUUUUACCUCGUGCACCUGAUCCAGAAGAAAUUGUUUUGGAAGGAGAAGAAGCGCCAGGCCCGAAAUUUGAAGGUGAUAACUCAUCAGGUGAAAAUGAGAAACAAGACAUAGAGAAAGCAGAAAAAGAGGAAUAAUUAUCAUUUGUGUAAAACGCGUACUUGAUGCUUAAUCUCGUCAAUCGCUAUGUUCUUAGAAUGGAAUUCACUGCAACGUAUCAAUCUACUAUAUCGUUCAAUGUAAUAAUAUUUUGUUCAAUAUUAAUUUUUUUAUUGGAUUAAAAUUGAUUAUGAGAUUAAGAAAAAGUACAUUAAACAAGAAUAUCUUACUGCAUUUAUAAAUAAUAGACAAAGAUUUACAUUUAACAACUGCAUGAGUAUUGUAUUUCACUUUAUAUUUUUUAAAUAAGAGAAAAACUGGAAAACACUUCAUAUUUUACACGUUAUCGUUUACUACGUUUCACUAGAAUCAUCUAUGUACUUGUGUAUUUUUUCACUUUUGUCGUUGAAAAAAACACAAUUUAUCGUAAGCUAUUCGUUGUGAAUUCACCUACUAAUCAUCUUAUAUUAUUCAUAUGCUAUAAAAAUAGCUAGUUAUUAUUUAAUUAUUGGAAGGGUGAUCAGGAACUAAGCUGACACUUUUGUGAAAUGAGUAUUUUGGAGCAUGAUAAUUCAUUCAACUUUCCAUUCAUUGUCUUUUCUGCACUACAAAAAGUUCUAUAUAAUGAACUAUUUUGAAUUAUCAAGAAGUGAACUUUAGUUUUUAUUCCAAAGCCAUUAAUUCCUCAUAUUCCGCGUUGCUUAUGCUUUUUUGCUCAAAUUGGAAUAACGAAUCGAUUUGAUAUGGCUGCAAUAUCACAUAAGGCUGUGAGAAAGUAGAUUUUGUCAUUAUUCUUGUGCAUGAAGAAAUAAUGAACUUUUGAAAAUACUUUGAAUAUACAUUUGUAGUAAGACGCUGAUCACUCUAAUAUUACUUUUGGUCAUAAAAUGACUCCAAAGAUUUUCAAAAUACGCGAGUAACUACAUGCUUCUAUGGAAUAUAAUGAAUUGAAAGAAAAGAUUCAUUAAAAAAUCAUUGCUUUCCUCUACUGUAUUGAUUGGAAUACAAUUUAUUAUACUACUGUUAUUUUCCUAUUGGUUAAAAAUAUUAUGUAAUUCUUUAUUUGACAAAAACCGUUUGAGUUUUAUACUUUUCGAAAAUUAACGAAACGGUAAUUUUUUUAAAGAAAUUUUAGUAAUUGCUAUAAAAAAUAUUUUAUAAACGUUAUGUGGUAUAUUACAUAUAAUGUAUCAAUUUAACUUAUUUAUUACAUAUAAUGCGCCUCAG